AUGGGCGACUGGAGUUUCCUGGGGAACAUCUUGGAGGAGGUGAAUGAGCACUCCACGGUCAUCGGCCGGGUGUGGCUCACCGUGCUUUUCAUCUUCCGCAUCCUCAUCCUCGGCACGGCCGCAGAAUUCGUGUGGGGGGACGAGCAGUCCGACUUCGUGUGCAACACGCAGCAGCCGGGCUGCGAGAACGUCUGCUACGACCAGGCCUUCCCCAUCUCCCACGUCCGUCUGUGGGUGCUGCAGAUCAUCUUCGUGUCCACGCCGUCGCUCGUGUACGUGGGCCACGCCAUGCACCACGUGCGCGUGGAGGAGAAGCGGAAGGAGCGCGAGGCCGAGGAGCUGUGCCAGCUGGUGGCAGGUGACCGUGGCGACAGGCUGCCGCUCCCCGCCGACCAGGGCAGCCUCAAGAAGGGCAGCAGCAGCAGCAGCAAAGGCACCAAGAAGUUCCGGCUGGAGGGGACCCUGCUGAGGACCUACAUCUGCCACAUCGUCUUCAAGACCCUCUUCGAGGUGGGCUUCAUCGUGGGCCACUACUUCCUGUACGGGUUCCGGAUCCUGCCCCUCUAUCGCUGCAGCCGGUGGCCCUGUCCCAACGUGGUGGACUGUUUCGUGUCCCGGCCCACCGAGAAAACCGUCUUCAUCCUGUUCAUGUUGUCUGUGGCUUCUGUGUCCCUCUUCCUCAAUCUGCUGGAGAUGAGCCACCUAGGCCUGAAGACGAUCCGGGCUGCCUUCAGGAGGCCCGCGGAGCAGCCGCUGGGGGGGAUCCCCGACAAGUCCCUCCACUCCGUCGCUGUCUCCUCCAUCCAGAAAGCCAAGGGCUACCAGCUCCUCGAAGAAGAGAAAAUCGUGUCCCACUAUUUCCCUUUGACUGAGGUGGGCGUGGUGGAGACCAGCCCACUGCCUGCCAAGCCUUUCAGUCAGUUGGGGGAGAAGAUGGGCACAGGGCCCCUUGGGGACCUCUCCCGGGCUUACCAAGAGACACUGCCUUCCUACGCUCAGGUGGGAGCACAGGAAGUGGAGGGGGAGGAGCAGCCUGAGGAGCGGGGAGCAGGACCCAAGGUCGGGGAGAAAGGGCAGGAAGCAGAGAGAGUGAGCCAGGAAGAAGGGCAGGAGACCAUGGCAGUGCUGGAGGGGGAGAGAGUGGAAACCCCUGGAGUGGGGAAGGAGAGUGAGAAAGAGGUGACAAACCACGGGUUGCCGGCUGAGAAAGCACCUUCCCUGUGUCCAGAGCUGACAGGGGAUGACACCAGACCCCUGAGCAGGCUGAGCAAAGCCAGCAGUAGGGCCAGGUCAGAUGAUCUCACUGUGUGA